AUGAGCGAACAAUGUAGUUCCUUCCCUCUCCCAGGUAUGGACCCAAACCCCUCGCAAGUCGCAAGGAAGGGAGGCAGAGACACACGCCUUGGCUCCCUGCCCGUUCCUGCCCGUUCCUGCCCCGAGAAUGCCACGCUCAACGUGCUGGAUCAUCACGGGAAGUCACUCAGGGCAGGCGUGGCAGUCACGCAGUGCAGGCAAUCGCAAGUUCAGUCUCGUACCUCGGUGACUUCCUCGUCUCGCCUUCCUUCUGCCUUUGGAUCUCGAGAUCCGCAAGGGUCUGGAAGUCUGGAGGGAGGAACCUGGCCGCCACCCCUCCCCUUCCAUUCACACAAUGCUCCGGUCCCUCUGUCCCCAUCACACGACGGCCGACGACUGCCCAGUCCAAGGAACCUUAAGUAG